UUUUUUACGUGUUUUUGACAAUAUUUAAAUGCGUAUUUCUUUGUACAAAAUAUUAAAAGAAAUUUUUACCUUUCAGUCUCGAAAACGAGUUAUAAUUAUGGGGAAACAUUCCGAAUGGCGAAAAUUAGCAAAAAAAGCAAGAAGAAAGCGUAUUAGACAGGCUAAAGCAAAAUUACGGGAUCAGUUGUUAGAAGAAGAACGACAAAAACUAGAAAAUUCUCCUAGAUAUAAAAUAUGGCAUGAAAAGCAGGCUAAAGCUGAGGAGUGUCGAGCACAAGAGGAAGCUAGGUUAGCUGCAGAAAAAGAUUUGCAAUGGAGAAAGAUAGAGGAAGAAGCGCAGAAACAAUGGCAAGAAUUACAAAAGAAACUAGCUGCAGCAAAGGAAGAAAGAGCUCGACAGAAUGAAAAAAUAAAAUUGGAAUGGGAAGAAGAACAGAAAAAGCUAAAAGAAUUGAAAGAACAGAAAGAGAGAGAAUUAGAAGAAAAACUGAGAGAGCAAGAAAUACUUAACGAAAAAACUAAUGAUUUUAUACUUAAUGGUGGAAGUACACCUGAACAUUUAAAAACCAAUAUGGAGACAAAUCCCAAUAAACCGACUUGCCCAUUCUUUCUAAAAACCUCUACAUGUCGUUUUUAUGACGUUUGUUCAAGAAAUCACAUUCGCCCGGGUGUAAGCCGAAUUCUUUUAAUUCCAAAUUUUUUCACUCACUAUAGCUUAGAAGCAAAUGAAAAUGAACAUGGAAGUGACUCUAGUCUGGAAUUCGAAAAUUAUGAAACCUACAAUCAUUACAAAGAAUUUUUCUAUGACGUUAUCCCGGAAAUGGAAACUUUUGGUAAAAUUAAACUAUUUAAAACAUGUUGCAACCAUGAACCGCAUUUGAGAGGUAACGUUUAUGUUGAAUAUUUUUCUACAAGGUCGGCUCUCAAGGGUUAUAAGAUUCUUAAUGGAAGAUGGUAUGGAGGAAAACAGCUUAAUGUUGAGUUUUGUAAUAUUGAAUCCUGGAAAACGGCAAUUUGUGGACUUUUUUUUGUAAAGCGUUGCCCGAAAGGUAAUGCAUGCAAUUUUCUGCAUGUGUUUCGAAACCCGAAAAAUUUGUACAAUAACUAUGAAAACCGUAAAAAUUCCAGUAGGUCCAGAACAAGGGAUGAUUUGUCAGAUAGAAGGAAUUGGAGAUGGUCUGAAUCCCCCGAGAGAAUACCAAAUUCAGAGUGGGAAGAUAAAGAUAAAAAUAAAACAAAAUCAACAAGAAAACGGGAUAGAUCUGAGAGUCAUAGACAUUCCAGCAGGCGAAAAAGGGAUAAUUCCAGUUCCAGGCGAAGAACACCAGAGAGUCGGUCAUGGUCUAGAAGUCCAGGCAGAGAAACAAGUAGCUCAAGAAGUUCUUCGAGGAGGUCGCAUAGAUCAUAUAAAUCAUAAUUUAAGUGCCAUUGUAUAUUUGCAUAUAUUUUUUAAUGUUUUGAAUUAUACAGGUAU